GUCUGUUUGAGUGAUAAAUGGGAUCUUGCCUGAAUUGAUGGUUGCCUGAAUCCCAGGCUUCCACAAAACCGUGGUCGGAAUGUGCUAGCCCGCAAUUAUAAAUGAACAAAGGAGCGACGAUACCUUACCUAUCCGACUGGAAAAUCGCUAAUGAGGGAGAGAACUGAGACCUGCCCAUCCAAAAAUCAUUGAGACCUCCCAUCCAAGACCCUUAUGCAAAAUGACACUCAUCAACAUAUCCAUCACCUCAGACCCGGUCUGUCCAUGGUGCUACAUCGGCUACCGCCGCCUGACCAAGGCCCUCCGCCUCUACCAGAAGACCUACCCGGGCGGUGGUCAAGAUGCCAUCCGCAUCACCUGGAAACCGUACAUUCUGGACGCUAACGCCCCGAUGGAGAGCAUUCCCUACAUGGGUACACUACCCCGUGAUACCCUCUCCCCAAUCCACAACCGCAUACUCAUCGACCUCGCAGAACGAAUGACCCAGAAGCUCGGCCCGGAGAAGGUCCCCCAUGCGCAAGCCCACCUCCAGCGACUGGGCCGCGCCGACGGGAUCCACUUCCGCUUCGGCGGGCGGAUCGGAAGCACCCUCCCCGCGCACCAGGUUAUCAUGCUCAGCCAGUUGCAGGAUCAGUGGCAUACGUCAGAGAGCGCAUUGACGGGGUCGGAUACUGGUGUCGGUGCGGCGGCGCUCGUGGAGGCGAUCUUCGAGGCGCAUUUCGAGCGGGAGCAGGAUAUCACGGAUGUUGAGACGUUGGUUCGAUUGGCGGGGCAAGCGGGAAUGGAUGAAUGUGUGGCUCGCUCGUGGUUGGAUGAAGGGCGCGGCGUGGCGGAGAUCCAGCAGGAGGCGCUGAGGGCAAGGGAGGAGGGGAUCGUUGGGGUACCGUACUUUCAGUUCGGAGAGGGGGAGCGGAUGCGCUCAUUGAGCGGGGGGCAGGAGGUUGCGGAGUUUCUGGAGGCCUUGAUUGCGCAUAAGGAGGGGUUGGAAGCGACAGAUGCUUCGAGUGGUGUGCGGGGAGUAGCAUGCGCUGGGGAUACUUGCUGAUGUCCAUGGAUGGAAGCAAGCUUGAGAGGCAUGAAGGAUUGUGGGGGCUGUAGUUGGUGCAUGUGGAAUAUGUGUUCAUUUUCGAUUUGCGUUUAAGCGCGUCUGGACGGAUGGGUCGCGGUCUGGAUCUGUUCUGAUGCAAGAGGUUGCAUAUGGUUGUUGUCCACACUCUCGGGUCCGAGGACUCUUCUGUUUAAGAUGCGAUAUUAGCCUGCAAUUCAGCGCAAGACUCACUCAACCACAGGACUUUCAAUUUGAGUUGGAU